AUGCAGCAGAUAUUUUUAUUAACCCUUGUUACCCUCUUUUUAAAGGUGUCAAUGGCUCAAAGCUCCUCGGGGAACCAAGCACCAGCUAUUGAAAUCGUGGGGAAUAAAUUCUUUUAUUCUAACAAUGGCUCACAAUUUUACAUUCAGGGCAUUGCGUACCAAGCGGACACUGCUAAUCUUACGGGUGGUCAGACAAUAAAUGAUCCCUUGGCGGAUUUCGAAACUUGUUCUAGAGACGUUCCUUAUUUACGGGAGUUGAACACGAAUACUCUAAGAGUAUAUGCAGUCAAUACAAGUCUUGAUCACAGCAGAUGCAUGGACCUCUUGCAGCGGAAUGGUAUCUAUGUUAUCGCUGAUUUAUCAGAGCCUGGUUUAUCAAUAAAUAGAGACGAUCCAGAAUGGACACUGAAAUUGUAUGAAAGAUACACUUCCGUCGUAGAUGUUUUAGCGGGCUACUCCAACGUUCUAGGAUUUUUUGCUGGUAAUGAAGUUACCAACAAUGCCAGUAAUACAGACGCCUCACCAUUCGUCAAAGCUGCUUUGAGGGACACCAAGGCUUACAUCAAAGAAAAAGGUUAUCGUAAAAUACCUGUUGGUUACUCAUCGAAUGAUGAUGAACAAACUAGAAUAGCUAUUGCGAACUAUUUCGCAUGUGGUGAUGAGGACGAAAAAGCAGAUUUCUUUGGGAUUAAUAUGUAUGAGUGGUGUGGUACCUCUUCAUUUAGAACUUCUGGCUACUCUGAUAGGACACAGGAGUUCUCUAACCUAAGCAUUCCCCUCUUCUUUUCUGAAUAUGGCUGUAACGAAAUCCGACCAAGACGGUUCACCGAAGUGAGAACUCUAUAUGGUAGUGAUAUGACUGAUGUUUGGUCUGGAGGUAUUGUAUAUAUGUACUUUGAAGAAGCUAACGAAUACGGGUUGGUGGAGGUGGACGGGGACAGCGUUAUCACUAAUGAUGAUUUCGAUAAUCUAAAAUCAAUGAUGGCAAGCAUUUCUCCCACUAUCAGGAAUAGCGCUUCUUAUACCCCAACUAGCACAUCACUAUCUUGCCCAGCAACAAACCAAUACUGGUCUGCCGCCACUGGUUUGCCUCCAAAACCAAAUAAUGCUAUAUGUGAUUGUAUUCAGUCGUCAUUUGCAUGUGUCGUUAAUAGCAAUGUCGAUAAAGCGGAUUUUGCUCCCUUAUUUGACUAUCUAUGUGCCAAUAUUGAUUGCAGUGGAAUAGCCGCUAAUGGUACGACAGGAGAAUACGGUGAUCUCUCUUUCUGUGAAAGUGAAGUUAAAUUAUCGUACUUGUUGAAUGAAUAUUACAAGCAGAAUGGCCGUUCAUCAUCUGCAUGUGAUUUUAGUAACUCAGCAUCAUUGGCGUCAGCUACUAGUACUCCAUCUAGCUGCUCUGGUGUACUUGCAUCUGCCACUAGUGAAUCACGCCGUGGCGGAUCCGCUUCAGGUAGUUCAUCUUCCCGUGCAGCAGGUGUCAACUUAGCACCAUCCAGUUCACCGAUUGUAACUCUUUUCACAACAGUGAUUGCAUUCUUGAUCACUGGUCUCAACAUGCUCCUGCUAUAA